AUGCGGGGAUUCUUUGCUUUAGCAAAAUAAUUUGUUAGUUAUUCAACGGUGCAAACUCAACAAAUUAAGAUUGCCAUUAGAUUAGUUAAUUAAUCAGUAAAUAGCUAGUUUAGAUUGUGCUCAACAUUGGCUGCCUUAAGAUUAAAUAAUGUAUAUGGAUUGCAUUAAUCAUCAAGUCUUGCUGAUUCAGAAGGAGAACUUGUCUUAGAAGCUGCAAUUUCUCAAUUGUUAUCUCUGUCCCUCAAGGCCGAACUGAAUACAAUACGAAAUGGCUGAUAUUUAUAUAAUAAUAUAAUCAUUGAAUAUUGACAUAUAC